AAGAAAUCAACAUCACACAACAAAGCACUCGAGGACCCGUCCGUGUACCGCUGAUUUAGCCCACGUGCGACUGUGUGUGUGUGUGCGAGAGGGAUCCCAUAAGCAUAACGGUAUUCGGUAUUCGGUGCCCCGUAUUCGGUAUAGCGGCCAUAUCUUGGGGCUGUCGGAAUCGGAACUGAACUAUUCGCUCGCUCUCCGCCGUCGCGACCGCUCUCUUAUCCCAAUUGACAGCCCGCUAAGAUCAUAAAGGCCGUAAAAUAAUCAUAACAAUAAUCGUAAAAAAUUAGAACCGCAAUCAGUCGCACAUUGGCCCUCGUACGGCGCAGAUCGUCAUAAACCCCAUUAUUACAAUAAUAAACGUAAUCGUUGUCGUUAUCGCAUAAACACCCAACGAAAACAAAGCCAAACACCCAGAGAAAUUAUAAUUGAAUUUCGCGCGCGUUUCUUUUUAUGAUGCUCGAGUGUCUGGCCGGUGUCUGGAUUGAUAUUCACCCACUAAUUGUGCAAUACUACUACAACUAAUGGAUCUGGGCUGACUGUGCUGCAGAGAAGAGUUCGCGUUCCAAUUGAUCAAGCCAAAUCCUACUACCUAAGUGUUUAUCUAUUCUUAAAAUCGUAUCGUGCACCCAAAACUCGAAUCUGUAGAACAACGAUUUCUAGUCCCCCGCAAAUCGAGCAAUAUCUACACACUAACAACAAACAAAAGCCAAGGCUUCCAACUCAAACCACAACCAAUUCAACAGAAAUAAAACGUAGACAGCCAAAAACAACAAACAAACAGCUAAAAACAAAAAAACGAAAAACCAUAAAACGGAAAAAGAAUAAGGAGAAGAAAAAGUUUCGUUUCCACUGCGGGCAAAGUUUUUAUUUUGGCGCACGUGCAAGCUACCGUUAGCUGAGAAAUUUGAAAAGCCGACAGGAUUGAAGGAUAAGCGCACGUUAUUGGAUUUAAAAGUGCAAUUUUGGAUUAACCCAGCUGUAAAUGGACAACAAUCGCGGAUUACUUACAUGGAUUACGAGGAUUUAGCUGCGCAUUCGUCGAAAAAGAGUUUCAAAAUCAAAAUUGAGGAAUACCAACUAGAGGAUAAGGCUACUUAAGGAUCAAAGAACACCAAGGAGAGGAGAUUUUCUACCAAAUCGAGAGACGAGGAGCAGGUUAAUUUCGUCAUUUUUGGCCAAGACAGCAAACAGAGGAACAGCAAAGCGGAAAUCAUUUUAUACCUCACACAACAACUACACACUAACUAAGAUUAGGCUACGCAACUGUACAUUGUACUUAAGUGUUCAAAGGUUAUUUAGUUUACUUUGUAUAUAAGGAAAGUAGCUAAAAGCACGGACAGGGAGGCAGGAGCACCACAGUCACUAGCCACUAAGCAGAGUAACAGUCACGAUCACGUUCACUCCAGGAUCAGGACUCGCGGCGGGAUCAGCUGACGCUGAGGAGGCUGCCACGAUGACGAUGAGUACAAACAACUGCGAGAGCAUGACCUCGUACUUCACCAACACGUACAUGGGGGCGGACAUGCACCAUGGGCACUAUCCGGGCAACGGGGUCACCGACCUGGACGCCCAGCAGAUGCACCACUACAGCCAGAACGCGAAUCACCAGGGCAACAUGCCCUACCCGCGCUUCCCGCCCUACGACCGCAUGCCCUACUACAACGGCCAGGGGAUGGACCAGCAGCAGCAGCAGCAGCACCAGGUCUACUCCCGCCCGGACAGCCCCUCCAGCCAGGUGGGCGGGGUCAUGCCCCAGGCGCAGACCAACGGCCAGCUGGGGGUGCCACAGCAACAGCAGCAGCAGCAGCAACAGCCCACGCAGAACCAGCAGCAGCAGCAGGCGCAGCAGGCCCCGCAGCAGCAACUGCAGCAGCAACUGCCGCAGGUGACGCAACAGGUGACACAUCCGCAGCAGCAGCAGCAGCAGCCCGUCGUCUACGCCAGCUGCAAGUUGCAGGCGGCCGUCGGCGGACUGGGCAUGGUCCCCGAGGGCGGGUCGCCUCCGCUGGUGGAUCAGAUGUCCGGCCACCACAUGAACGCCCAGAUGACGCUGCCCCACCACAUGGGCCAUCCGCAGGCGCAGUUGGGCUAUACGGACGUGGGAGUUCCCGACGUGACAGAGGUCCAUCAGAACCAUCACAACAUGGGCAUGUACCAGCAACAGGCGGGGGUUCCGCCGGUGGGUGCACCACCCCAAGCAAUGAUGCACCAGGGCCAGGGUCCUCCCCAGAUGCACCAAGGACAUCCUGGCCAGCACACGCCCCCUUCCCAAAACCCGAACUCGCAGUCCUCGGGGAUGCCGUCUCCACUGUAUCCCUGGAUGCGAAGUCAGUUUGGUAAGUGUCAAGAACGCAAGCGCGGAAGGCAGACGUACACACGAUACCAGACCCUGGAGCUGGAGAAGGAGUUCCACUUCAAUCGCUACUUGACCCGCCGGCGGAGGAUCGAGAUCGCCCACGCCCUGUGCCUCACGGAGCGCCAGAUAAAGAUUUGGUUCCAGAACCGGCGCAUGAAGUGGAAGAAGGAGAACAAGACGAAGGGCGAGCCGGGAUCCGGAGGCGAGGGCGACGAGAUUACGCCACCCAACAGUCCGCAGUAGACCGAGUCCGGCGGAGUCUCACCAGUUAAAUGAAAUUUCUAUCUAAAUACAAUUUACGUUAGUUCGGAGAGCGCAAAUGAAUUUACUUCGAUCCCAGAGGACUAUCUAUUACCUAUCCAAUCCGUUGAACUUCGCGUGAACUAAACUAAACAAAGAGCAGAGCUGAGAACUCUACCUACAACUUAGUUAAUUGUUAUUAUUUUCUACUUAUUAUUUAAUUGUACACGAAUGGCAAGUGGAGAAAGCGAAAUAAGAUAAACGUAAAGAUAACGAUUACGAUAAAGAUACAAGUAAAGCGUAAAACUCAAACAAAACCAACUCAUGUGACCUCAGAUCUAAAUAAGCUAUAUUUAACUAUAAUGCAUAUAUAUACACAUAAAUAUAUGGAUAACUAUACAUGAUACCAAGUAAAGCUAAAGGCAAGGAGUUAUAUAUAAAUAAAUAUAUAUGAAGCAUAUAUACUAUAUACACGAUAACAUUAGUUCUUACGCGUCAUAAGUACUGUACGAUUAACUUAUAUAUACACCCCAGCAUAAACCCUAAACCUAAAACAUAAACAUUAAACUAAAUCAAUGUUUGUAGCAAUCCUAGCGCAAAAGUAUAAAAUAAAAACAAAUAAAAAUCUAAAAAACCAAAAUGGCGUCAAAAUCCAUUGCAUGUUGGUUCAAGAAACCCAUAAAUAUUUCAUAACACUGAACAUGAUAAUAGAAAACUUUGCCCUAAGUGAAUGUCGCAAAUUUAGACAAAGAAAUACCAAAACCGCGGAGAAACGUUGCUUAAAGUAAACAAAACGUUUUACACAUACAAUACAGAAUAAAACCUAUUAACUGGCAGAAGCUUAACUAUAAAUAGAAAGGAAUCGCAAAAGAUUGGCAACACUUCAAAGUAAUAUAUGUAAAAAUUCGGCAGUUAAACUUUAUAAAACUCGCAAGUGAAAAUUUAACCUUAACAAAUUUGAGAGUUCCUCAACUUUCGGUUAGAUUUACCAUUUUUCUGUAUUUUCUUAUAUUUUUAAUUUCUUGUGCAAUUUUAAGUUCUUGCAAAAAUGAAAUUCGAAUUAGGUCGAAAAGGAUAUAAAGUAUACCGAAAUGCAUAAAAAUAUGAAUUGGCAAGCGGAGAGGAAGAAUAUAAAUUGUUAACAGAGGAACACAAAGAAUAUGUAUAAAUAAUGAAUUCAAACAAAAACCCUGUAAAGUAGUAAAUUGAAAUGCAUUAUUAUACGAGGAUGUAGAGAAUCCCUUUUGAAUGCAGAACCGAACGAUUUCUAUAUGAAUAUUCGCCUAACAACUAUAUAAAUGUAUGUACGUAACUCAAACUCAAUUUCCACGCCAUCUGUGGAAAUCCAUAUACCAAAGUCAAAGGAACGAAGGAGAAAGAGAUAGAAGGACGGGAAUGAAAACUAUAAAGCAUCAUAUGUUUAUAUGUAGAUAUAUAUAAUUAAACAAGCCUAAUAUAAAACAUGUAUCUUUGUAGAGCGUUUCGUUUGUAAAUUCCCCAGAAAACCCCCUUCCCCUCCCAACCAGAUUCCCAAUCCAAGGUGAAAGGAUUUGUGAUUUGCAAUAGAAGAAAAUAGUCAAAAGAUUUCAAAAAAAUUACAAUGUAUUGGCUUAAAGAACCUUGAGAGCGAAAUUCAACUCAAUCCAGAUACGUAACUUUCGGCCUCAUUCUGUAAGAAACUAAUAACUUAAGUUUCAAUUCAGAAAAUUAAAAAAAAAUUGGACAAAACAUAAAUAUAGAAUGUAGAAAUUCACAAGAAACAAAAUUCGAAUGCGUUGAUAAAAAUAUAUAUAUUUGAAACAAAACAAAAACAUUAAAUACACCCAAACAUUUGUGCGAAAUUGAAACGAAAUGUGGAAGCUAAACAAUUUGUUGUAAAUAAAAUUUAAACUUUAGUGUAAACAAGAAGGAUGGAGAAUGCAGUGGAAGGGCUGCAAGGCAAAGCAAAAAGCAUAAAGAAAAUUAUAAUUAAAUUACAAAUGAGAUUUUGUUUUUAUUUGUAAUAUUUAUAAUAAAAAUAUAGUAUUUAAAAAUUUAA